AUGACUGGUCUCAUCCCGUUCACGGUUGACUCUGAGCAUACGACGCUGUUACUGGAUACCAAGAACAAGAAUUUCACCGAUUUCGCAGAAGAGUCGCACCUGAGUGCGGUUGAAUGGGAGAGGAUCCCCUACGACCGCGACCAUGACAGGUUCAUAAUAUCGGUCAACGGUACUCAUAUCACUGCGACUACCGAAUGA